CCAUGGCCCAAGGGUUAGAGGUGGCCCUCACAGACCUCCAGAGCUCCAGGAACAAUGUCCGACACCACACAGAGGAGAUCAGUGUUGACCGCCUCCUUGUUCGCCGGGGCCAGGCUUUCAGCCUCACCCUGUACUUCAGGAAUCGGGGCUUCCAGCCAGGCCUGGACAACAUAAUCUUCGUGGUUGAGACUGGACCGCUGCCAGACCUGGCCAAGGGGACUCGGGCGGUGUUCAGCCUGGCAGGUCGUGGUGGCCCCAGCCUCUGGAUUGCCUCGCUGGAGACCAAUGGGGCCAACUCCCUAGAGGUGAGCUUGUGUGCUCCUCCCAUGGCGGCUGUGGGUCGGUACCUCUUGAAAAUCCACAUCGACUCCUUCCAAGAGUCUGUCACAGCUUACCAGCUUGGGGAGUUCAUCCUGCUCUUCAAUCCUUGGUGCCCAGAGGACGCUGUCUACUUGGAGAGUGAGCCCCUGAGGCAGGAGUAUGUUAUGAAUGAUUACGGCUUCAUCUAUCAAGGGAACAAAAACUGGAUCCGACCGUGUCCCUGGAACUAUGGACAGUUUGAAGAGAAUAUCAUAAACAUCUGUCUGGAGCUGCUCAGCAAGAGCCUGCACUUCCAGAUUGACCCAGCCACAGACUGUGCCCUGCGGGGAAGCCCUGUCUAUGUGAGCAGAGUGGUGUGUGCCAUGAUCAACAGCAAUGAUGACAAUGGAGUGCUCAAUGGAAACUGGAGUGAGGAUUACACAGAUGGCACCAACCCUGCGGAGUGGACGGGCAGUGUAGCCAUCCUGAAGAAGUGGCAUGCCACAGGCUGCCAGCCUGUGCAAUACGGGCAGUGCUGGGUCUUUGCUGCCGUCAUGUGCACAGUGAUGAGGUGCCUCGGAAUCCCCACCCGUGUGAUCACCAACUUUGACUCCGGCCACGACACAGAUGGAAACCUGAUCAUAGAUGAGUAUUAUGACAGUACGGGCAGGAUACUGAUGAAUAGGAAGAAGGAUACUAUCUGGAAUUUCCAUGUCUGGAAUGAGUGCUGGAUGGCCCGGAAGGACCUCCCUCCUGGAUAUGGAGGCUGGCAGGUGCUGGACGCCACACCUCAGGAGAUGAGCAAUGGCCUCUACUGCUGUGGCCCUGCCUCCGUCAGAGCCAUCAAAGAAGGAGAAGUAGACUUGAACUACGACACUCCCUUUGUGUUUUCUAUGGUGAAUGCUGACUGCAUGUCCUGGCUUGUCGAAGGAGGAAAGGAGCAGAAACUUCACCAGGACACAAGCUCUGUUGGCAAUCUUAUCAGCACCAAGAGCAUCUGGAGUGAGGAGCGGGAUGACAUCACAGAGAACUACAAGUACGAAGAAGGUUCCCCCCAAGAGAGGCAGGUGUUUCUGAAGGCUCUACAAAAGCUGAAGACUGGAAGGUCCCAAGCUUUGCAACCUUAUGGGCCCCCAACACUGAGCCGAGGCAGUCCUUGGAGCCUGGAUACACGUUCCCCUCCACCCAGUGAUGUCAUCCAGGUCUCCUUGAAAUUCAAGCUGCUUGAUCCACCCAACAUGGGUCAGGACAUACGUUUUGUCCUUCUGGCCCUCAACAUGUCGUCCCAGUUCAAGGACCUCAAAGUGAACCUGAGUGCCCAGUCUCUGCUGCAUGAUGGCAGCCCCCUGUCCCCAUUCUGGCAGGACACAGCAUUCAUCACACUCUCUCCUGAAGAAGCAAAUACCUACUCCUGCAAAAUCUCCUAUGCCCAGUACAGCCAGUACCUGUCAACAGACAAGCUGAUCCGCAUCAGUGCCAUAGCUGAAGAGAAAAACAGUCUCAAGAAAAUCCUAGCAAACAAGAUCAUCACCUUGACCUACCCAAGCAUCAUGGUUAAUGUUCUAGGAGCAGCCGUUGUGAACCAGCCACUCUUCAUACAGGUGAUAUUUUCCAACCCCCUCUCAGAGCAGGUUGAAAACUGUGUGCUGACCAUGGAAGGAAGUGGCCUCUUCAAGAAACAGCAGAGAGUCCUCAUUGGAGUCCUCGCACCCCAAUACAGAGACAGCAUCACUCUGGAGACUGUCCCCUUCAAGAGUGGCCAAAGGCAGAUCCAAGUUAAUAUGAGCAGCAACAAAUUUAAGGACAUCAAGGGUUAUAGGAAUAUAUACGUAGACUCUGGGUUAUAAAUUCUGGGAUAA